UUGUUUUCAUAUGUCAACAGCAUGUACAAAAUACUUGAGAGAUACCGCACCUGCAACUACAACUCACCAGAAGCAACCCCUCCAGCAGAAAAUGAAAUAAAUUACCAAGAAUAUCUGAAGUUGAAGACCAGACUUGAAUAUCUUCAAAGUUCACAAAGAAAUAUUCUCGGUGAGGAUCUGGGCCCACUUACCAUGAGGGAGCUUGAGCAAAUUGAGAACCAAAUAGACAUAUCUCUCAAGCAUAUCAGGACAAGAAAGAAUAAAGUAUUACUUGAUGAGUUAUAUGACCUGAAAAGUAAGGAGCAAGAAUUGCUGGAUCAAAACAAAGACCUGAGGAAGAAGUUGCAUGACAUCAGCUGUGCCGAGAAUGCGCUCCAUAUGUCAUGGCAAGAUGGAGGGCACGGUAGCUCCAGUGGGCAUGCCAUCAAGACUACUUAUCCGGGACUGCUGCAACGCCCGGAACAUGAUUCCUCCAUGCAAAUUGGGUACCAUCAGCUGAACAACGAAGACAUGGCUCCACAGCGCCUUGAUGGACACCUUGGAUCUUUUGCAGGUUGGAUAUGAUUAAGUUCAGACGAUGAGCCAGGCAUGAUUCAACACGUAUUGUAUGCCCAAUCUGGAGUCCAGGAACUCUGGAUAUUAUUGUUGUAGUGCACACUGGUUUAUAUACUGAGACUGCCGCUCAUUGCACUUCCCUGAAGAAUAAAAACAGGCCAUUCAUUCGAGUCGAGUACGUAACUCUUGUAAUGGUCUAUUGAUCCACAGACAUGGGACGUCACCUGGUCUGGCGUUGCCUCCCGUGUAUGUAGCUAGUGUGCUUGGACUUGAGUGUCACUUGUUA